AUCGUAAUGGACGAGAAGCCUGGUCAUGGACCAUCUGACAAGGAUUCCACGCUUGGCGGUAUAGUGCCCUCAUCGCCAGUAAGUAACAUUGAUCGCGAUUGUCCUGAAUAUCAGAAUCCAAACGCGCAUGGCCUGGACACGAAAGCCGCAGACCCCUUGUGUCCGGAUAGUAAGACGUCUUCAAGUUCUUCUACAGAUCUACCGGAGCAAACCAACCAGCUUACCGAUAUCGAGCAGAAUUUGCGCGCCCUGCACCGUCAGAUGAAAGCUUUCUCUAAGAAACACCAACAGUUGGCGAAGAAAUACCGACAGGUGUUUGUGAAGUGGUGUGGAGAUAGAAAGUGCAAUCUAUCUGACCUAGAGGCUGCAGUCACAAAGCGUCUGCACAAUUAUUCCGAUGCCCACGCUAAACGGAUUCGAAGUGCCAAGGCAGCCGCCGCCGCCGGCGCCACCGUCGGGAAUCCGGCCUCCACCAUACACAGACAGACAGACUUGAUUGAAUUGCAAUUCGUGAACCCAGAUCUGGACAUAAACAUGUUCUAG